AUGGUGGCAUCAAACCGCCAGCUUCCACGAUACGAUACAAUCAGCGUCGCUGAGGCUGAAGCUGCUGCCACUCGGCAGAAGUCCGAGUUGGCGAAGCCGUCAUACUUUGACGACAGAUCCCGUCGAGAUUACUACCGCCCCGGGUCAUUGCACUCAUGGCGCUUAUUGCGGCGGAGAACGUCAUUCCACGCGCAGUGCAUCUACGAGCCCACACAAGAGCCAUGCGCCGCUUCGCAGAGAACGCAGAACCUGCUGCACGGCAGCUCGAGCAAGAGCUAA